AUGCUUAGGACCACAAACAUUCUCUACCUCACCUUGGGGGAGAGUUGUUUCCUUACUACCAAAGUUUUUGUCACUUUCGUCAAUAAUCUUCCGCAGAAUAUCUCUAAGCCGCUUUACGUGCAUUGCGCGUCAAAAAACGACAACCUCGGAAAUCACACACUGGCGACGUAUGGUGAGAGUUGGGGCUUCAAAUUCUGUCCAAUCCCUUUUACCACCUUAUUUUACUGCGACCUUAAUUGGGGUGAAUUAUUCAUGUCUUUACAUGCUUAUGAUGCUAAAUGGGGUUACAGUCCUUGUGAUGUUUACAUUGAAAGAAUCGAAUGCACGUGGAAGGUAGUGAGCGCCGGAGUUAGCUUACCGGGAGGCAAAUAUCAUCCAUGGGAAGCAUAUCAUUAA